AUGUCCGACGAGCCGCCUACUAAUGGCACUGUAACGCCUGUUACUCCCAAGAACCUGGCCCUCACCGAGUAUACCGCCGCUCCAACCCCUCCGUCCGAACGGGGAGACGAUAAGAGCAAGAUGUUGGGAAUGCCGCCGAAUUGGGGAAUCCCCGAGGCUUUUUUGCUCCCCAAUGGAUACCCAGAUUAUCUACGAUUGAUCUUGACGUCACGGGUUUACGAUGUGAUCAACGAAACACCUCUUCACCAUGCUGUCAAUCUCAGCAAUCGCCUGGAAUGUCGAGUUUUACUCAAGCGGGAAGAUCUGCUUCCUGUGUUCAGUUUCAAGCUCCGCGGAGCCUACAACAAGAUGGCUCAUUUGAGCCCUGAGCAGCGAUGGAAGGGCGUUAUCGCAUGCUCUGCCGGUAACCACGCGCAAGGUGUUGCCUUUUCCGCCAGACAUUUGAAAAUCCCCGCCACUAUCGUUAUGCCUUCCGGUACCCCCGCUAUCAAACACUUGAAUGUCGCUCGAAUGGGCGGCAGCGUGGUUCUUCACGGAAAUGACUUUGACUCCGCCAAGGAGGAAGCGCAUCGACGUGAGAAGCAGCAUGGUCUUACAAACAUUCCUCCUUUCGAUGACCCAUACGUCAUCGCUGGUCAAGGAACUAUUGGAAUGGAGAUCCUGCGCCAAGCGAACCUGCAGAAGCUUGAGGCUGUUUUCUGCGCUGUUGGUGGAGGUGGACUGAUCGCUGGUCUUGGAGUUUACCUCAAGCGCAUUGCACCACAGGUUAAAAUCGUUGGUGUCGAGGCUUACGACGCCAAUGCUAUGGCUCAGUCCUUGGGCUCUGGUUCUCGCGUGUUCCUCAAGGAGGUGGGGCUCUUCGCAGAUGGUGCGGCUGUCAAGACAGUUGGGGAGGAAACCUAUCGCCUCGCUCGCGAAGUGGUCGAUGAGAUUGUGCAGGUUUCGACCGACGAGACCUGUGCUGCGAUCAAGGAUGCUUUCGAGGACACACGGUCGAUCAUUGAGCCGGCUGGCGCUCUUGCUCUUGCUGGUCUCAAGAAAUAUGUUGCUAUGAACCCCAGCCCAGACAUCAACCGGGAGCUGGUCGCCGUCACAUCUGGUGCGAACAUGGACUUUGAUCGGUUGCGCUUUGUCGCCGAACGUGCCGCUCUGGGAGAGCGGAAAGAGGCGCUCCUCAGCGUCAACAUUCCCGAAAAGCCUGGUGCUUUUGCCAAGCUGGUUGAGGUCGUCCUUCCCCACGCCGUGACUGCUUUCAACUACCGUUAUGCUCGUGACGAAUCCGCCGAUGUACUGAUGGGUAUCUCUUUGUCCGCCCUGACUGGAAGAGAAGAUCUGGCCAAAAUCAUCGAGGAGUUGACCAAGGGCGGUAUGACGGCAAAUGAUCUGAGCGAUGAUGAGCUCGCCAAGAGACAUCUGCGUUUCUUGGUCGGUGGCCGCUGUGAUGUGCCGGAUGAGCGUCUGUUCAUGUUUGAAUUCCCUGAACGCCCUGGUGCCUUGGCCCGGUUCCUCACCACUCUUCGUCCUAACCAGAACAUCUCCUUGUUCCACUACCGUAACUACGGAGGAGAUGUCGGAAAGGUGCUGGCGGGUAUUCAGUGCCCCAGUCCCGAGAAGGAUGAGCUGGAGGCCUUCCUCCGGGACUUGGGAUAUCCCUUCAGCGAGCAUACCGACUCUCCUACCUACAAGACAUUCCUGCGUCACUAA